UCAAAGACAGUACAGAACAGAGGAGAAGGAUUCUUGUUGGUGUUACCUUGACUGCACUGACCUUUUUGCACUGGUCCCGUGUUGCGGUGUUGAAGUUGGUGGAAGAUUUACAGGUGUUUGCACGUUGUGGAACUCUCGAGGUGUAGCCUCUGAAGGCACUUGGGGAUAGAGUUGCAAGAGUGAGGAUUGCAGGCUUCGGAGACGGGAGGUUCCAGGAGGAAUCGAGCGUUGUGACUUGGGUUGGAUUGGAUUGAGUUGAACCGUUUGGAUUUGCCCUUCGAGGCUAUGGCGUUUUCACUUGUGGUGGUGGUGUUUGCAGCACUGCUGGGCACCCAAGUGGCAAUUUCGGCGCAGGGAAUUGAAACUAGUCACCAUGGUCCAGGGAUGUGCAAAGCUCAGGGUGGGGAAGUCGGAGGAGGUUCGACUCGGAGGGUUAUCGACAUCACGCAUUCGUAUCGGGCAGACUUGCCGAAAUGGCAAUCCAAGACAGGGUUGGGGGUUUUGACAAGCUUGGUGUCGAGUUUGGCCGAAGGUGACUUCGCCAAUGUCUCUGAGCUGAAAUUUGAGGAAGUGCAUUCGGGCACUCAUGUGGAUGCUCCUGGGCAUUACGUGCAGGAGCAUUACGUGGCAGGAUUGGAUGUGGCGUCCCUAGACCUAGACACCCUCAUUGGUCCUGUGCUACUGAUUGAUGCACCACGGGAUUCUAACUUGACAGCCCAGGCAUUGCAGAGUCUCCAUAUACCCCCAGGUGUUGAGCGCGUAAUUUUCAGGACACUUAACAGUGACAGGAGAUUGAUGUGGAACAUAGAAUGGGACUCUUCUUACGUGGGUUUCACCACCGAUGGCGCCGAAUGGCUUGUAAACCACACUAAUGUCAAGUUUAUUGGAAUCGAUUACCUCUCCGUUGCAGCAUACGUAGACCUUGUUGCUGCACACCGGGUUCUCUUAGGAAAGAAGCUUGUGAUAGUGGAAGGUCUAAAUCUAGACGAAGUGGAGAUGGGCCUCUACACUGUCCACUGCCUCCCUUUGAAACUUCUACAAGCAGAAGGUUGUCCCAUCAGAUGCGUGCUUUCUGCUUAGAGUUCUAUACAUAUGCUACUAACGCUCUUGCCCUCUCUAAAUCACUCGUUGUUAUCACUAUCCUUUUUUACAAUGAUCAAAUAAGUUCUUUUUCAAUGGCAUAAAUAGGGUUGAGUUUGCCAUUAUGCAUCAA